AUGUUGGACGACUACGACAACAACCUCCCUCCCCUCUCCACGUCCAACCACCCACAAACAACCUCACAAAGAACCUUUGCAGAAACUACCGCAAAUGAAUCAUUUCCCAAAAAAGACCAAGCAAUAAUCUUUAACACGAUCCAAGAUAUUCCACAAAUUGAAUAUAUCAAAGCUUUCAGCCUACUUACGGCCCCUAAGAAUAUAAAAUUUGCAUCACGCGUCUCGAACAACAGGUUCUGCAUAUACUUUUCAAACAAAAUCAUCGUCGAUCAAAUCAUCGAAAAACAACCCUUCAUAACUAUAAACAAAACAGAAAUACCGUACCGCCGGCUUAUCAACCCGGCCAAACGUAUAAUAAUAUCCAAUGUCCAGCCGAUAAUCCCACACGACACAAUCGCAAAUGCAAUUAACGCUCUCUCCAUUACAAUGUUAUCGCCAAUUACGUUCAUGAAGGCCGGCUUCCCUAACGACGAUUUCAGCCAUAUAGGAAGCUUCAGGCGUCAAGUGUUUAUACACCCUGAGCACAGUGACAAAAUUCCGAGCUCUAUCCUACUACAUUUCGACCAAACCGAAUAUCGCGUAUUUCUAUCAGACGACACAGUGACAUGUUUUUCAUGUAAACAAACGGGUCACACAUCGAAUCACUGCAAAAAUGGAGUAGUAAAUACAGCCGUAUCAAUUCUAUUCAAUAAUACAAACAUCGCCACAGAUAAAAACAUCGAAACCACACACUCCUUAUAUGAUAUAAGUACCGAAGACAAACCCAAGGAAAAUACUCCCUCCUCUACCACCUCACAGAAACCAGCUGCCCAGGUAAAAAGACCGGCACCUUCAACAACCAGUUCUAGCUGCCAGGAAAACACCCCCACUGAAAAACCGCCAAACAAUUUAAUACCACCACAAGUAGAAACUACAAUUACACAGGCAACCAAAGGAACACUUGCAUCUAAAUUAAAGGAUUCUUCCAAAACACCAACCCCCCUACAAAAAAAACCAAAACGCUCAAACUCGAUCGAACAAAUAAUAAUUAAACUUGAAGAAGCAUUGCUACCUGCAAAAGUCGCCUUUGAAAAAAUACCUAACUUAAAAAUCGAUUUCAACCAACUUAAAUAUAUCAUCGAAAACUCACUUACCGAAAAAAACAUCUCCAGUAUCUUAUCGCCAUUCAACAUCUCAUCCAUGGAAAUGAUCGAGAUUAUUGAUACAGUCCGGCCGAAAGUUAAAUCUCUAUGCAUCAAGAAUAGACUCACGAGACUAGCCGAUACACUUCUCGAUAUGUCUCCCUUCACCAGCUCCACCGAUUCCACCCUAAUCUAA